AUGGAGUUCUUCGAGCCAGACCCUACACACUGGCAGUCUGAAUACAGUGAAUUCUUGAAUUCGUUUGAUAAGAAUAGAAAUAAUCUGAAUGAGCUGGGUCUAGAGCAUUGGAAUUCGGAGGGGGAGAGGGGGGCGAAGGAUGAUUGGGAGGAUAACAGGUGGGAUGAUGAUAGGGACAGCUGGUUAAAAAGUCGCGAUACUUACUUUUCCAUGCUUCUUUGGAGAAAGACAAGGAAGGGCGGUUUGCAUGUGUCGGGUCUGCUUUUCGAGAUACUACGCCAAUGGCUCCGCGAUUGCGACCGUCAUCACCAGGAAUGCAAGUCUGAAAUGCAGUUUUGGCCGACAAGGGUCAUUGACGUCGGCAAUACAGACGGAUCUGAAUUGAAGCUGGUGGAUGAGAGCCUAUCUCAGCACCAUCGCGAUACAUAUGUCGCGCUCUCUCAUUGUUGGGGCGGCCCCAGGGACGAGGAAAAGAAGAAGUUCUGUACAACCAGGGACAACCUCGAGAAUCGGCUGAAGGGUUUCGGCAUGAGCGACCUACCGAAGACAUUCCAAGAUGCCGUUCAAGUUACGCGAGCGAUCGGAAAGAGGUAUCUUUGGAUUGACGCCGUAUGCAUCAUCCAAUGCGGCGAUCCUGACUGGGAUAUUGAAUCAAAACGAAUGGAAGAAGUCUUCAGUUCGGCUUACUGCACCAUUGCGGCGAACUCUGCUACCGAUUGGACACAAGGCUUCUUGCGGCAAAGCUCUUCUCAUUUCCCAGUAAAGGGGAAAUUCGGCCGCAAGAUGUAUGCUUGCACUACCAAGCAUGACUUUGAAAGGGAUGUCAAUCAAAGCAAUCUCAAUAAAAGAGCAUGGGUAUUGCAGGAACGGACUUUGUCUUGCCGAACCCUUCAUUUCACAGAGAACCACGCCUACUUUGCCUGCGGCCGCAACAUUAGAUGUGAGGACUUCACAACUUUGGACAGUCCAAAUCGAAAGGAAUACUUCCUUCUGGAUCCUGUUUUCCCCAAACAUCUCACUCGCGCCGGUUAUUAUCGUAUAGUCGAGUUCAUCCAGACUCUCUUCAGCCAGUACGCGUCCGCUGGGCUUACGAACGAAUCUGACAGACAAAUUGCCAUUCUGGGCCUGCUGGAGCGAAUCAAGAAAGUCCUAUCCUCCGACUACGAAUAUGGGACUUUCACAAUAUUUCUCGCCCGCCUUCUUCUGUGGCGAGUGACCGAGAAACACGACGCCACGACCGAUCAAUUUCCUUCCUGGUCCUGGUUGACACACAAUCAUAUCAAGUUCUUCCCGGAUGGUAGUAUCGAGGUCCCAACGACCGACAUUCUUCGGUUUGGCGUCGAACGGCAAUUGCACGCCCAUAUCAGAGAGCUGGACCUUGCUGAAGAUGGCGGCAGCGAUGGACGGGAACACGGUGAAUUGUGGCUGGAUUCAUGGACUGACACACCGCCGCAGUAUUGCGCUGUCGUGGGUAGACUCCGAGACGAGCCUUGGAAGUACUGCUGUAUUUUGCUCUCUUAUGAUGCUAGCAAUGACCGGUACCGGCGGGUCGGGGCUUGCUUGGUUCAAUCCAGAUACCUAUCCCGCGUGUACCAGGAAGGUAUCAUUGUCUGA